AUGGUGGAAAAGCGCAGUACUGGUUGGGCAGGCCGCCGCGGCGAGGAUUCUUCCAAGCUCUUUGAUUCGCCAACCAUUUCGAGGCGCAAGCCACAGCCUCCAGAGCGCGCACGCUCUUUUGUAAAGCCUGGCCUUGCCAUCGUUUACAUCUAUGCCAGCGUAGUGAUUCUCGUUUGGCAGCUGUGGCACGGGAAGCAAAAGGAGGCCGAAGUGGAAGACAAGGAACAUGAUCAUAUUCCGCUUCCAGAAGUGGUAGACACUGAAGCGGCAGCCACUGAAGGGGCAGCCACUGUUGGAGCUCCGGCCGCUGCGGCUGGUGUAGGAGCAGCGUUCGGCAAGAGCACAAUAGAAAGCAAGCCAAGUCAAACCAUUGUUGGGGUUUCGACAGCGCAAGCCACUUUUGCCAGACAUAUUCUCCGAUCAAAGGCGCAACUCGCUGACGUGAUGCCAAAGAGCGGAGAACCACAGGAUUUAAGUUUUGAGGGCACCGGGCAAAAGUUCGAAGCCUCUGGCGAGUUUUUACGUGCCUCCUGGGGCUGGACGUCUGAAGCGACAAGUGGGCUGGUCGGAGAUCAGCGCAAGCAGGAAGCCCGCGGACUGACACCUAAAGCACUGCAAGUGAGGGAAUCCAAUCUUGGAUGGCAGAAUCUCUUCGAGUUCUCCUUUGUUACCGGGGAAAAGGUGACAUCUUCCAACUGCUCUUUGGUGCGGAGUGCCCUGCUGUCUGAGAGACAGGCUGAAAAGUGGAAGUUGAUUGCUGGAGAGGCUAUCGAGCUGCAGUGCCCCAAAUCGCUCAGCGUGCAGUGGACUGCUGGGCUGAUACGACUGGCUGGCGGGGCUGAAGCUUUGAGGGUCAGGGUCUUGUACACCCAUGCCCCUGAAGCUAACAUCGCUGUGGCAAGCCUUACAAUGUGGGAUUUCGAUGGGGCUGCUUUGGCAGUAUGCGGUUCCACCCAGAGCCACGACUGCUUUGGCACCAGUGGUGAAGUUGAUGGCAGCCCUUUGAUUGAUUUGGGGAGAGGCCUUUGGGUUGCAAUGGAGCAUCCGCGCGCGGUACACGGCCUUCGUGGCAACGGAACUCGAGUGGUUGCAGAGAUUUACAGUCCUCCGCCUGGAGUGCCAUACUUUGCAUCACUUGGGGUGACAGGAGGGCCGACAGGAGUUGGAGUGCAUAGCACGACUUCGAGUGAUGAAUCUUUGUUCCUUUUGCGACGCCACUUUCACUCAUACUUGAAUCAAGUGCGGGUGUCUUCACCGAAGCCAUUCCUGCACUACACAACAUGGUAUGACUUGAGGCGGCAUCCAUGCGUUGAUUCUACACCUUUGGGCGUGCCACACUGCUCAGCUGCAAAGACCUUGAAUGAACAAUUGCUGGAUGAGAGGAUUGCCGAGAUACAAGGGCAACUGUCAGACCGAGGGGUAGCUUUGUCAGGCGCUCUGCUCGACGAUGGCUGGGACGAUGCUGGGACGCCAUGGCAAGUCGACAGCACAAACUUUCCAUCAGGUAUUUCAGCAGUUGUAAAGGCUGCCAACGACAAAGGUGUGUCUGUCGGGGCAUGGCUUUCGCCCUGGGGAGGUUUUGGGGAAGGUGGCAAGCGAAGAGUGAAGGUAGGUGCUGCAAUGGGACUGGAGUAUCACGGAGACAGCCCUGCCAGUCCAAACACCUUGCGGCUCGCCGGUCUUCACUAUUUCGACUGGUUUCACAAUGCCACCCUAAGCCUGAUGGACGCAGGCAUCACUUUUCUCAAGUUCGACGGGAUAGGCAGCAUCAAAGCAACUGGUUCAGGGGACUUUGCCGAAGAUGUGGACAAGUUGCUUCUUUUGAUAACCGAGCUGCGGAGUGUAAAGGCAAGUUUGAGGCUAUCCGCUGUGACAGGUGUUUGGGCAUCACCCUGGUGGUUGCUUUGCUUUGACUCGCUUUGGAGAGGCGGUCCGGACUUGGGACGGAAAGGUGCUGGUUCGCCACGGCAACAAUGGAUCACCUUCAGGGAUUCGAUGGUCUUUGAUCUACAGCGACGUGCCAAGCUUUUCCCCCUUUCCAGCUUAGCCUUGGGCGGACUUGUAUGGAGCAGAGCCGAGGAGCCUGGCGCGUAUUUGAAUUCCUUCGACAUAGAAGACUUCUCCCAGGAGGUGCAAAGCCUCUUUCUCAGCGGCGCCAUGCACCAAGAGCUGCAGAUUCAGCCCUCCUUGCUUGCUCCAGCAUUUUGGGAUAUCCUGGCAUUGUAUGCUAACAUGUCCAUCAAGUAUGCUGACAUUCUGCGGCAUUCUCACUGGAUGGGCGGUGAUCCUAGUCAGGGCGAGGUCUACGGGUAUGGGGCUUUCUCGUGUCCGCCGUGCUCUGGGCUGAUGACGUGGCGGAACCCGCACUCCGCGCCUCAGAAUACGUCCUUUGCACUGCGCACUGCUUUGGCGCUGCCGCAGGCGUGGCCUGGCGGUUCUGUCGGGGGUCGGUGGCACGUGAGAAAUAUAGCGAUGAGCGAGGUCGCGCUUGACACCCCGCAGCUCGAUCUUACGUCGGAGGCGGUGCAUUUGGACCAGGUCUUGCACUUGAAGUGGGCACCUCACACAAGUAGACCAGGUGCCGAUGUGAAGAAGGAGUUGGAGAUGCAUCAGGCCUAUGCGGUGCAGCUACACGUGGUCAACUUGGAAGGCUGCCGAGGAUCCUUUGAGCUUUACUGCCUAAGUGCUCUUGGGCUUUGCGCAGGGGAAGCGCGCGAUGUUGACACAUCUCCAUUGGUCGGUGGCAGCUAUGCCUUGACGCAGCGGGUGCCCUUGUUGGAAUCUCGGACACAAGAUUCGGAGAUACUGGGGACCCUGGAAGUCCAGGCCAAAGUGCUUGUUUUGAACGUGGAUGACUCAGCAGACUUUUGCCUUGUCCUUCCUUACGAGCGCUUUGGAGCUGGCUGGGUGGCACAGCCACUUCCGGUAUCCUUGAGGCGCUUGGAAGGCUCUCGAGAUGUGCCGGGAAGAUAUCGCGUCCGAACACCGGCUGCCUUGCAUUCUGCGGCAUCUCCCAAAUGCAAGGAGAUUGCGCAGGUGGAGGCCGAUGAGGAAGUGUUACUUUUCCUGCUGUGCAGCGAGCGCGAUGCGGCUCCAAUGGGAAAAGUCAAGACAGCCCGUAACAAAAUCGGCUGGAUGCAUUUGGGAAUUGGCAUGGCUACUCUGGACACAGUAAAUCUGAUGGGUCCAGAGGUAGCUGAACAGCCGCGCCACUCAUUUGCCAAAGAUGCAAAACGCAUUCUGUGGGAGGUGGGUAGAAAGUAUCGGACUUUGGGCGAGCAGCCCCUCGUGGAGAAUUUGGAACAGCCGGCUGCGAAACGAGGAUCAUUCGAUCUAGUUCCAGGCGGAUGCUUGGUGCAUGUGUGGGAAAUGCGAACCCUUGAGCAAUGCACUUGGAUGCAUGUGAGUGUAGAAGAUGGUCCAAGUUCUGGACUAAGCGGAUGGAUCCAGUGCUGGAAUGGGGACGACUUGGUCGACACGCGGGAGCAAUGGGAAUUUGAAAGGCUGCUGAUUGCAGACUCCCAUGGCAUCUCCCAUGGGAGGUCUCCAUCCAAAGGCUUGCUGCAGGCGAAGGUUGAAGUUGACUCCAGUAUCCAGCCAAUGGAGCACCUGGAGAAAGAUGAUCCUGCUGGCUGUGGCGACCGGGAGUUUGGCUGCGGCUACUGCGUUUGUCGACUCGUCCCUGAUGGGAGGAGCCACCCAACUGUUCAUCUGCACAACUCCUAUGCCCUGCCUGAGCCGCAGUUGAAAGACGGGUUGGAGCCGCUUUCCCCGUCAGACGUUGAAGUGUGGCUGAAUAAAGUCUACGCUCGGUACAACCCGAAUCUUCUUCCCAAGGCGGGAGCCCAGUAG